AUGACAGAACGUAUUGAGAGAACUGGACAGGCAGAAGGAGGUGGUCAGCUUGAAUAUCAAAGAACUACCUUUGUUCCACAUGAUAAUGACAUUGAAAUUGUGUUUGUUGAUGGAAGCAUUGAUGAAGAAUUUGAUGAGAGGUUGAUUUGUUCUAAUGGUUACUGUCGCCGGUACGGCCAUUCCUGUCACAAACGGAACUCGUCUAUUAAAAAUAUUUCAGGCGGUUUUGUUGAUGGACAAGGACAACAUGUACCUGAGGGUCAGUCUAAAGUGUUCAUGGCGACCAAUCUGUGUCCAGACGAAUAUCCGAAUCUGAGCUGGUGCAGUCAGCGCUCAUCGAAUGGAUACGUGAACCAGUAUGGCUACGGCGAGCACUUUGAUCUUGAAAAGGGUAACAAUCAGCUUGGAGAUUGGCAAGGAAAGAACCCGGAGGUCACGUGGGAAUGGAGUGAUUGUAACGGCCCUCACAAUCAAGAUUCCAGAACGCCAAACGACAGAAUGUAUCAUCAGUGUUUCUGUGGAAGGCAUCCAGAUGGUUGAAAGAAAUAAAACACAAACUUUUCAAUGAUCGAAAUGAUGAUACUACUUUUGUUUGUCUUCUUUAUAUGUCCGGGUUUCUUUAUGGUACAGUGCACCUUCGAAAUGAUUAUACUUUUUUCUACAUGUACUUUUGUGGUACAGUGCGCCUUCGAAAUGAUUAUAACGUUUUUCCACAUGUAUCUUUGUGGUACAUUGCACUAAAGUAGGUACAGUGCGCC